AUGGAAGCCUUUAGCCGAAGUGUAGCAAGCCUUGAAAGUAAACUCAACUAUGAAGAAGACGCGGUGGAUUAUAGCGAUCUUACAAACUCAAUUCUAUUCUCAUCUAUACCAGUAAGCUCACAGGAUGAGAGUUAUGUUUCUGAAGAAUUGGAUAACAAUGAAAAUAAUAUUCCAGAUAUUAAUAGUUCGAGUCUGUUGGGAAGAUCUGAAAUCAGUGUUGAAUCUGGUCAGUUAGAUCUUGGCGAAGUAGAUUCAAAAGACAGCCUUGAAAUAGCAGCGUCAUCUCUGUUUGACUCCAAUGCUGCUUCUAGUAAGGAGAUAGAAGAAGAUGUCAGUAACUCCGUAUUAUUUACUGAUACUAUGGCAUCAGCUCCACUAAUUAAUGCUGUGCCAUCGCUUGAAACUAUAUCUGUGUUAGAGAAGAGCGUCACAUCGAGUUUGAUCUCACCUCACUCCAAUGAAGGAGCGUCCUUAGGCUCCGAUGUAGGUUAUCACUCCACCUAUCAAACCACUCUUUCAACUGGGAAAAAGGUAGAAUUUACAAGAAAAGAAAGGAGUCCAGGAGCACAAUCUACAUCAUCAGAAAGGAACCAUUAUGGUAUCCCUAUUCAUAGUCUUCUACAAUCUGUGAGAUUAGAGUCUGAGAUUGUGAAGUCCUCUGUAAACCUCCCCCUUCCUUCUAAAGCGAAGCAGAAAUGCAGUGAUAUUCUCCUUUCUGAAAAAUGGAGGCCCAAACGUUGGGUCGAUCUCAUGGGGCCCGAAAAAACGCAUCGUCAUCUACUUAAAUGGCUUGUUUCGUGGUCACAUGUCGUCUUUCGUACGCCCCUUCCCCCACAUGAACAACUUGAAUCCGAUGUUCUUCGUCGGGAUCGCUUUGGAAGGCCCAAUAAAAAAGUACUCUUAAUACACGGUGCCCCUGGUACUGGUAAGACAACAAUUGCUCAUGUUUUAGCGAAGCAAGCAGGCUAUGAUGUGUUGGAAAUCAACGCUAGUGAUGAACGUUCAGGACAGAUUGUUCGUGAAAAGAUUAUAAGUGCUGUUGAGAGCCACAGAAUUGAUAGCUCUCGAAAACCGGUUUGCAUCAUUGCAGAUGAGAUCGAGGGUGCCGCUGAAUCUGGGUUCAUUCGUGUUUUGAUUGACCUGAUCACUGCAGACCAGAAAGCUAUGGACUCUAUUGAAAAUACUGCUUCGAAACCAAAUCACAAAGGAAAAAAGAAAAGGUCUAAACUUCUCUUACGUCCAAUUAUCGCCGUUUGUAACGAUGUAUAUGCAAGCAGUUUACGAAAUCUUCGGCCAUUUGCAGAAGUCGUUCACUAUACCAAGUCGGCCCCAAGCGCAGUUGUUACGAGAUUAAGAGAAAUCUGUCUGGCAGAAGGCAUAAAGCUUGAUACUAACAUACUGGCUGAAAUUGUAAACACGUCAGAUGGUGAUCUUCGGAGCAGUUUAAACAUGCUUCAAUUUGGAGGGCUAAUUGACGAGCCAGAUAAUUCUGAAAGAGUCUUUCGAAAAGAUACUAACAAGAGCUGGUCCAAAAUUGCAAAUAGAUUGUUCCAGAGGAAAGACGGGGUGCCGAAGAAUGAGGAGGCAAGAGCCAUUUUAAGGGAAAUUUACACAAAUGGGGAGUAUGACAAAAUGAUUUCUGGCACAUUUUCUCUUUACCCAAGGGUCCAUUAUCAUGAUGAUAUGUUACGCAAGCCUAGUGCGAUUGGUGAAUGGUUAUACUUCUAUGAACAAUUGAACUCAGGAAUAUAUGGAUCUCAGCACACUCAGCUAGGAGAAUAUUUGGCACACCCGCUACAAGCAUUUUAUGAAAAUUUUAGUUCUAUGUCGAAUACAAGGGACCAGCUGGUCCAAUCGAAUAGUGACACACGAGAAGCACAUUUGGAGAAUGAGCAACUAGUUAACGAAAUUCUUGAAAGAGGUAACAAUCAUAUUCGACAAAUGUUCAAAAAGGAUGAAAUAGCCAUCGAAUUAAUACCAUACGCUUUGAAGAUUGUUUCUCCUGAAAUCAAAACACAUAUAUCAUCCGGUGUGACUCUACAAGGUAUAGAUCAAGAGAAAAUAGCGAACAGUGCCAAAGCCAUGAUCGAUUUGAGUCUUCGUUUUUUUAAGGAUAAGCUCGAGAGCGGUGCAUUUGCAUACAGAAUUGACCCGUAA